AUUGAAAAGAAAAAAAAAAAAAAAAGACCACCUCUGGGGAAGAAGGGGUUGGAGCCGCUUCGCACCAAAAUCCACGGCGGGGUUUCCUGUGCGACUACUGUACACACUUUCCACACCUUUGCAACUCCCUCUCGGCGCUUUUCCUUUUCGCACCCGCAAUUGCUCCUCGUCCUCCCCCUCUUGUGUGCACAAUGGAGUGGCAACCUCAGGAUGAGCCAUUGAGGCAGCUGGCUUGCUGUCUCAGGGACUCUUUAAAUGCUUAUGACCGCAGCGCCCAAAAACAGGCCGAACAGAUGCUAGUACAAGCGACUUCCUCCCCCGAUUAUGUUAACUACAUCACUUAUUUGUUCAGCACACCGCAGUCCCCCCAGCCGGUGGGGUUUGACGACAACACCUAUGAUAUGGUCCGCUUUGCUGCUGCGAUGAACCUGAAGACAAAGAUUCGCGUAGCAUACAAUACGAUUCCUCAGCCUUGUCUGUCAUAUAUCCGAACGGUCACCCUGAGUGGACUCCGAGACAGAAACUUCCAAAUACGGAGCUCGGCCGGUAGCAUCAUCACAGAAUUGGUUCAACAGGCGGGUUUAUUGGCAUGGCCCGAAGUGCUGAAUGAGCUCUUGUCCCUUGUGAGUAACGCAUCAGGGGAUGCUCCAGUCGCUGCACAAGAGGCCGCUAUGUCGGCCCUCGCGAAGGUGUGCGAGGAUAACCGCAAGAUCCUCGAACGAGACUACCAGGGGCAGUGCCCUCUUAACGUUAUUAUUCCCAAGCUGCUAGAGUUCACUUCUAGUCAGAGCGCCAAGGUCCGGUCCAUGGCGCUGGGUACCAUCCAUAUCUUCCUUCCUCACAGACCCCAGGCAUUGGUCGGUUCGAUGGACCUGUUCUUGUCGCAGUUGUUCCAACUGGCCAACGAUAAUAGCACGGAUGUGCGGCGAACAGUUUGCCAGACAUUCGCACAGCUGGUGGACUUUGCUCCCGAGAAACUCAUCCCGCACAUGGAAGGCUUAGUGAAUUACAUCAUUAUGCAGCAGCACAAUCAAGAAGAUCCCGAGCUGGCUCUCGAUGCUGCAGAGUUUUGGCUCGUUGCAGGCGAACAGGCGAAGUUGCAACAACCGUUGGCUCCUCAUAUGUCUAAGAUCGUCCCCGUGCUGCUUCAGAGCAUGGUCUACGAUGAGGAUGACGCCAUCCGCUUGGCAAGUGAAGGGGACGAUGCCGAGCAGGAAGACCGGGUGGAAGAUCUCAAGCCGCAAUUUGCCAAAUCGAAAGGCUCUCGGUUAGACUCUUCAAAGCCUGAGGAACAGGCUAACGGCAACAAUGCUGCUGAGGAACAAGACGAAGACGAGUUGAGCGAAGGUGAGAUAGAGGACUCGGAAUUCGGAGAUGAUCCCGAGGACGAGUGGACUCUGCGGAAAUGCUCGGCCGCCGCAUUAGAUGUCUUCUCGAACGUCUAUCACCAACCGAUCUUCGAGAUCAUCCUGCCUUACCUGAAGGAGACCCUGCGCCACGACCAAUGGCCACAGCGGGAAGCUGCUGUCCUGACCUUGGGCGCUGUUGCAGAUGGAUGUAUGGAUGCGGUUACUCCCCAUCUGCCGGAGCUUGUUCCCUAUCUGAUCUCGCUUCUGAAUGACUCGCAGCCUGUGGUGCGCCAGAUCACUUGUUGGUGCUUGGGGCGAUACUCUGAAUGGGCCUCGCACCUCAACGACCCGACGGAGAGGGCGAGCUUUUUCGAACCUAUGAUGGAAGGUAUUCUUCGUAGGAUGCUAGACGGCAACAAGAAGGUCCAAGAGGCAGCUGCGUCCGCUUUUGCAAGCCUGGAAGAGAAGUCAGAUGCCAACUUGAUCCCCUACUGUGAACCAAUCCUUCGGCAGUUCGUCCAGUGCUUCGGGAAAUACAAAGACCGCAAUAUGUAUAUCCUGUAUGACUGUGUCCAAACCCUGGCUGAGUGUGUUAUGGGAGAAUUGUCGAAGCCACACCUUGUUGACAUCCUCAUGCCUGCUCUUAUCGACCGCUAUAACAAGGUGUCGGAUCAGUCUCGGGAGCUCUUUCCGUUGUUGGAAUGCCUCGGCUACAUCGCUGCUGCGUACGGCGAUGCGUUUGCUCCCUUUGCCCCUCCUCUCUUCCAACGAUGCAUCAAGAUCAUCUACGAGAACCUACAGGAAUAUAUGGCUUCCAUCAAUAACCAGGCUAUCGAGGAGCCCGACAAGGAUUUCUUGGUUACCAGUUUGGAUCUUCUGAGUGCGAUCAUCCAGGCGAUUGAUCCCCAGAAGAGUGGCGAGCUAGUAGCCAAUUCCCAGCCACGCUUCUUUGACCUCCUCUGCUUUUGUAUGGAGGACCCGAACUAUGAAGUGCGUCAGUCGUCCUACGCAUUGCUUGGCGAUUGUGCCAUCAACAUCUUCGCGCAACUGGAGGCUUUCAUCCCCAACAUCAUGCCGACCCUUAUCAAGCAGCUUGAUCUGGACUUGAUCAAAGACGAUGACCGUCACACGGGCUUCAGCGUGCUGAACAACGCUUGCUGGUCCUGUGGAGAAAUUGCAGUCAACGAAAAGGCGGCUCUGUCACCUUACGCCGACAAGCUGUACCAGGGCUUAUAUGUCAUCAUCAACAACGAGGAGAUCAUUGACUCCGUAAAUGAGAACGCUGCAAUGGCCUUGGGAAGAUUGGGUAUGUGUUGUUCCGAUCAGCUUGCCCCUCGCCUUGGUGAGUACGCAGGCGCGUUCUUGAAAUCUAUGAAUAAGAUCGAAUUCACGCGGGAGAAGGCCUCCGCCUUCCUGGGAUUCAACCAAGUGGUCAUGAAGAACCCACAGGCCAUGGAAGCCAGCCUUGCGGAUUACUUCCAGGCGAUCGCCGCCUUCCCUACCAAGUCUCUCCACCAGGAUGAUUACCGUGAUAUCCAGAGCUCAUUCCAGCAGGUUCUGCAAGGCUAUAAAAACUUGAUACCCAACUUCGAUUCGUUCCUCACCCAGCUUCCGGCUCACGUUGCUCAGAAACUUCGUUCUGUAUACCAAAUCUAGAUUAUGUCGGCAUUGCUAGUGUUCAACGAGGGCAAAAUUCUUGGCGAAAGGCGCACUAAAACUGCAUUGCAUUUUUAUCUCUUCACCUUUUCCCCCAUUCCUUUUUCAUUUUAAUCUACCUCUUGAUUUCUCCUUAUUCUCUCUCACCGAUGCGUCCAAUCCAUUGGAUGGAGUGAGCAAUGACCUUUGUUUUUCUUUGAUUUUUGAUUUUCUGUUGAUUUCCCACCCAUGGCGUGUUAAUUUCUUUCGUUGUGGCGAUUUCAUGUCUGGGCCUGCAUAGAGUGAGAUCUAAUGGGCCUGUACAAACAAUCAUGAGCCUGGGAUAGCAUAUCCAAGGACUAUAUAAGAGACGGUGAAGGAAUGACAAUGAUGACAUGCAUAAUGGACUGACUCGGCGGAUGAGUUCUGUGUACCAUUUGGUUGAUAGAUUAGUACUAUAGUAAAUGAGCGCAGCAGAUAGAAAUCCAUCAAUGAGCAUAACGCUC